AUGUCGCCACCUUUACAUGACUGUGGUAUGAAAUACGUGAACAAGCAUUGCACAUCGGGCGAUGGUAUUCUUUCAACAAUAAAGAUUUUAUGGAUGGAAACGGUCUGGGUCAGGGAACACCAGUUUUGGGCGUCAGACGUGCUUUUCGGCUUGCCUUCCUGCUAUGGCCUCGAGGCAUUUCUCUCUUGUUUCGGUACUGUUUCUAGGGUCCAUGACCAGACCCGUCUAAAGCCUGCUGUGAAACGUGAUCAUGCUGUUCCCGCCGUGCGUUGCACAGGCUAUCAACUUGGCCGACACGAGGAACCAAGAGGUGUUCAUCAGAGAAUGAGGUUACACGGCGUAAAGGUCUCUCAUUUCAUCACAGGAAUCUAA